CCGGCUCAGCACCUCGGAGAGCUCCCUCCCCGGCCUUGUUUUGCUCCGGAAUCACCGCCUGGGGAGGGAGCCAAGGGGCCGGGCACCCGGCGCAGUGGCAGGGGGGAUGGCCGUAGAGGGGUCGAGGGGCCCCGACGGGCAGAGGGCCCAGCCGUGAUCCGGCGGGGGCUGGAGGCCGGAGCACCAGGCGGGGCAAGGGGCAGCUGGCAGCGGCAGCAGUGGCUGCACAUCUGGAUGGAAGCGAGCUUUGUCCAGACCAUCAUGGCUCUGGGGCUGUCCUCCAAGAAAGCGUCUUCCCGCAAUGUGGCCGUGGAGCGUAGGAACCUGAUUACCGUGUGCAGGUUCUCCGUGAAAACACUGCUGGAGAAAUACACAGCAGAGCCCAUCGAUGACUCGUCUGAGGAGUUUGUGAAUUUUGCAGCCAUCUUGGAGCAGAUCCUCAGCCACCGUUUCAAAGCCUGUGCCCCAGCAGGUCCGGUGAGCUGGUUUAGCUCAGACGGGCAGCGGGGCUUCUGGGACUAUAUCCGGCUGGCCUGCAGCAAAGUGCCCAACAACUGUGUGAGCAGCAUCGAGAACAUGGAGAACAUCAGCACAGCCCGCGCCAAGGGCCGGGCAUGGAUCCGGGUAGCACUGAUGGAGAAGCGCAUGUCAGAAUACAUCACCACAGCUCUGCGGGACACCCGGACCACCAGACGUUUCUAUGACUCAGGAGCCAUCAUGCUGAGGGAGGAAGCCACAGUCCUCACUGGGAUGCUGAUAGGACUGAGCGCCAUAGACUUCAGCUUCUGCCUAAAGGGUGAAGUGCUGGACGGGAAGACCCCCGUGGUCAUCGAUUACACGCCCUACCUAAAGUUCACCCAGAGCUACGACUACUUGACCGAUGAGGAGGAGCGGCACAGCGCCGAGAGCAGCACCAGCGAGGACAACUCGCCCGAGCACCCGUACUUGCCGCUCGUCACCGACGAGGACAGUUGGUACAGCAAGUGGCACAAAAUGGAACAGAAGUUCCGCAUCGUCUACGCGCAGAAGGGCUACCUGGAGGAGCUGGUGCGUCUGCGCGAGUCGCAGCUGAAGGAUCUGGAGGCGGAGAACCGGCGGCUCCAGCUACAGCUGGAGGAGGCGGCCGCGCAGAACCAGCGCGAGAAGCGGGAGCUGGAAGGCGUGAUCCUGGAGCUGCAAGAGCAGCUGACAGGUCUGAUCCCUGGCGACCACGCUCCCCUGGCCCAGAGUUCCAAGGAGCUCACCACCCCCCUGGUCAACCAAUGGCCAUCACUGGGGACGUUCAAUGGGGCUGAGGGCGUCAGCAACCCCAAGCUCUACCGGAGCGUUCUGCUCUGUCGCAGACACAGUUUCAUGAGCACGGAGCCGCUGUCCGCGGAAGCCAGCCUGAGCUCAGACUCCCAGCGCCUGGGAGAGGGCAAGCAGGACGAGGAGCCUUGGGGCCCCAUCGGGAAGGACCCCACGCCCUCCAUGCUGGGCCUCUGCGGCUCCCUGGCCUCCAUCCCCAGCUGCAAGUCCCUGGCGAGCUUCAAAUCCAACGAGUGCCUGGUGAGCGACAGUCCUGAGGGCAGCCCAGCACUGAGCCCCAGCUGAACAGCGUGGGCUGUGCCAGGGGCACAGAUGCCUGCUGCCUUUCUGCAGAGUCCCCCGAUCCAGGCCACCCUUCCAGGGAACGCUGCCCGCCCAGCCAGGGAGCUCUUGGGAAAGGAACCUUUUGCUUCUGGUUUUAGCUUCCUGCCCGAGGAAGCCAGGGCUGCCAAGGGACGCAGGUCGGGCAGAAAGGUGGGGUUGCCAAGGCCACAGGGAGCCCUUGGGGAAGCUUGUUCGCCCUCCCAGGGACUGCUGCCUGGCGGGCUCCCUCCCGGGACUCUCCGUCCCUAGCCCUGUCACCCUCCUCAGGAACUUGCGGCAGCCUCCGCACCGGCACCCUCGCCCUCACCCCCCCACCCAACCCGUCCCUGUGCUCAUCCCCUGGAGUCACUUCUUCCUCAGCCCCUGGUGCAGGGGCUCUGAGGGAAUCAGGCAAAUAAAAA